AUGGAUGAACCAUCAUUAUCUCGACUGAUAAUCGACCGUGAACCAGAAUGGUUGAGAGUAAAAGACAAUGUCAGCUCGGCGUUGAUGGCGGCCAUGGAAACGAGACUCGCCACGAUCCCAGGCGGUAAAGAUGGAGAUGCUUCCAAGGUGAUCAGAAAGGAAUUGGAAGGUCGACUAGGCAAGAUACGAGAAAGAAUGUUCGAAAUGAGUAGAUAUAACUUACAAGUAAAUGGACAGAAUUAUGAAGAUUAUGUCGAAGCAACCGAAGGAUUCGAUGAAACUCUCGAUCGAACGAUAUGGUCAUUACAGACUGAAAGAGUAAGGUGGGAAACUGAUAUGGCUGAGAAACGUAAAAGGUUGCCGGAAGCUAUGUAUCGUGUAGAAGAAGACCUAGAGAUCAGAAGGGUAGAUGCUGAAUGGUAUCCUGAUGAAGAAGAAGAUGAGAAAGAUCUGGAGAAGGAAAUACCUCCCCCACCAAGACAUGAAGAAGUUAAGGAAACUUUCAAAGUUGUCAUUGAUAAUUUAGCGGAAGUUGCAAAAUCUGCUCCUAUACAAUUACAACGUGCACAAAGAGCUCAAACUGUUCGAGAGGAAAUAGCCAGUCUACCUCCAUGA